CUUUGUCUUCGUUUGGUUUGACGCAGAUAACAAUCUAAUCUACCUGCCCUUUCGAUGACCGAAGUUCAUGUUAGCAGACGGUUAUGAUAAAUUGGCUAUUUGCAGAUGACGUUAACGCCGACAUUAUAUCGAAAUUUCAACAAUGGCGACUAGGCCUAGUAGUAGGCCGAGGUUUCGUGUAUAGAGACUAGUUCAGCAGCGUGUUUAGAGCGUGUGAGGCUGGCUUUUUUAGCGUGUGUCUAUUCCUUUUGUCGGCCGCCGAUGAUUCAUCUAAAGACGCGUUUGAUUCAUCAGUCGUACACCUUCGUGCUGCUUUUGUAUUAAUUAAGGCACUAGGCCUAGUCGUUCACAAUGGCGUCGUGUAGUAGUGUGGAAUUUCGAUAUUCAAUUGUUGAAAUCAUACUGCUUUUCUUGGCCUGUGGAGCAAACUUGGCUACAUUGGCAUUUAUAUCGAUGUCAAGACAUGACAACGAUGGCUCGUGUCUUUUAUUUGCUGACAUACAGGUAAUAUCAAGGAAUGCUGCGGUGCAUCAUUCGAGCAAAUGUCGUUUUCCGAUCAGUGUUCACAUUGCGUCAUUUCUUUACGCGGCCUUCCAUGCGAUCUAUUGGCUAUAUAAACUGAUUCGGGGCCGAGAAGGAUCGAAAUUCCUACAGGUAGUGAGUAUCUUCGCCUACGGAAUUCUAUCCGUUUUACUGUUUGUUGUCUCUAUCCUGAUAACAAUGGGACUGAAAAGUUUGUGCAAUGAAAUAUAUGAUGAGUCACCAAGAAAGCGUGACAAUUGCAGGGAUUACCAGACUAAAAGACUUGGUGACAUCUUCAAAAACCCUGGAUAUGUUAGGUUCUAUGAUAUUCUGCACAAUGCCGAGAUUGCGUCGUGGAUUGCAUUCUCAAUUUGGUUCAUUGUAGCUGCGUUGACCAUGUCGCGCUGCUAUUCCAGAAAACCAGGAUACAUCAGAACACGACUUGAACCAGAUAAACCCGAAGUUAUAUAAAAAUAAACACUGUGCUUUAACUGUAAGUAAUAGGAACGCAUACUGAAGAAUAAAUGUGGCACUGAAGAACGGUAUUUGUCAGUUUGUCGCCAUCCAACGCUGGUGUUCACACGUUAGGGCUCAAAUGUAGGACAUCUUGCUUUUGAUAAGCCUACAUCAGACUUGUCCAUGAUUUGACUAUCAUAUGAUGAAGCCCUGUGUGGACAGAAUGCACUGUAUUCGUUUUUUCUUACAAGAUUUUAUAUGCAGAAGCCAGGUGCAUCAUUUUGUUAGAUCUUUAGUAGAAUUUUUAUGAAUGAAAGCCAACCAAUUAAUUUACUAUCACACUGGCAAAGAAUUGAUUAUCGUAAAUCAGAAUUCGUAAGUGAGCAAUAUUUUUAAAUAAAAGUAAAUAUAAUUGAGUAGGUCAUCUAAUUGUAGCAGUGUUUUAAAAGAUUUAAAUAUCUAUAGUCCUUACUGUAUUAAGGAGAGAAUGUGCAUGUCCCCGUCCAUGCUGCUGUUUUGUAGGACCAAUAUCUGAGGGGCGGUGUUUAGUGGGAAGGUCAAUAGGGAGAAGGAGCAUUUAAACGGAUGUUAUUUGUAUUGUGUAAUUUUAUCACAAUACAAAUUUAUCAGCUAUGUCAUCAUGAUGUGAUUCUUAGUGUCUGUGUCACUUACGUAGAAAUUACAUUAUAUUAAUCGAGAAUUAAAGUGGACAACAUGUAAUCAAACAAGUUUAGGCAUACCAAUUAGAUGUUCUGAUAAAAAGGUUGUAGAAACUCUUCGUGCACUGUAAUGGCAAAUGUGUUGUUGAAGCAACAUUGUGACAAAACAUCUUUCAGUUAGGACUACUCAUUACUGCAAAGUGCACCGUAUUAGGCCUUGUCCGAAUAACUAAAUUUGAUAGCGCAAAGUCGUAGUUGAUUUACGAUUUUAAAUGCAAUAUUAGACCCGUAGUUCAGUUAUGUAAGUGUUAUGUCAACCUCAAAGAGUACAGUCUACGGUAAAGUACUUGCAGUAAACUAUCCACGAUAUUUUUUUUAUCAAGUAUAUAUCAAGUCAACAGACUACGGAUGUCUUCGCCAAGUAAUCAAACCCCGAUAAGUUUAUAAUGAAGUUAUGUAUAGAAAUUUUUUUUUAUUGAAAACAGUCUGUUUAUACAGUAUAUACAGUAAUUUAUAUUAUGGCCAGUUAUUUGUACAGUCAGUACUGUAUUUUUGAGUUAGGUCUUGUGCAUUGAAUGCUAUACCGCGUAAAACAUAUUCCACCGUUUUUCCAAUAAAGAAUAUCAUAUGACUGAAAACUUUCUGUACUUUACUUGCUAUGGUAAUCGUUAGACCCUCUUCGCCAGGGGUACUUACUUUAGACUCUCUUGUCAAGGGGUACCGGUACUUAUUUACUAAUCGAUAGACCCUCUUGUUCAGGUGGUGGGGUACUUACUUGUGUACACUCGAUAGACCCUGCCUGUUAGAGCCUCUUGCUACUCCUUUGACCCUCUACAUGCUACUCAUUAGAUCCCAAUGUCCAAGGGUGUACUUGUUCAGACCUUCUUGACUAUGAGUACUUGCUACGCGUUGGAAUCCCUUCUUCAGUGAGUAAUUUGCUACUUGUUAGGCGCUCUUGUCUAGGGGUAGUACUUCAUUGUCAGUAACUGUGUUGCUGAAGAAUUAGUUGCUUUUGCUCCCAUAAGUUUAUAUAGGCUUAUGUCAAUAAAUGUUGCAGUAGGAGACUUGUAGCAGUAAGCCUUAUAUACUUUAUAUACAUGUUUCUCAAUCAAUCAGUAUUAUCAAAACCUAAUAUUAGCCAACAUAUUUUAUACUGAACUUAUUUUGAACAGUUGAUAAAUUGGAUUUUAGAAAAUAUAGCAGUACUGUACUUCAAAA